AUGCAGCUUCCAGGGCAAGACUGCCCACUCGCCCGAAGCGAGGCCGCAGGCCUUGGAAAGGGAUCGCGAGAGGAGGUGGAAGGGUUUAGACAGGCUGGGGCGGGUUACGUGGACGAAGAAGCGGUUUUGUCUCAAGACGCCUCUGGCUGGGGGCCUUCGGGCGUGGAUAUCCUGAAGGAGACAGACUUGCUCGUGACCGGCAACUCGGCUCCAACGGAUCGCGGAUGGCGGCCGUUCAGGCGGAAGGGAGAUGGAGAAAAGGGCGGAGAGAGGGUCAAUGAGAAAUGGUUGUGGCGUCCCAGGGCGUCCAAAAUCGUUUAA